AUGUUUCUCAAGUGGAUAGGCGAGCAUGUGUCGCGACAUCGAGCUGCACGACUGCAAUAUGGAAAAUUCAUCAAACAGUCAUAUAAAGAUUAUUGUGGUGCCGAUGCCGACUGUGCCAUUUUAGCUGGUAUGUUGGCACCAAUAUGUCAUAAAGGUGGACAGCUUUACGAGGAAGUUCAUUUAAUAGAAAUUAAAGGACAUACACAGCGGACGCAGCUGCUGCUUACAAUGACGACUACACUUCGUCGUGUGCUUCCGGAUAUAAGAAAUUUCUUCAACCGUGAUGUGGAAUCGGAGGCUGAGGAUACGACAGAAACAGAGAAAACAACAUCUGACAGCGAAGAAGAUGAUCAGCUGGAGCAGCGUGCGGUGUUGCCGGAAGGGCAAGUCGGUGUCGGACAAGCAGAACAAGAAGUUGACUAUCAUGAGCGGUUUUUCCACCUUGCGAUCUUCGGACACGAGCCCAUCUUUGAGGACACGGUGGUGUUAGGUCGCUGCAUAAACCACAGCGCUGUUCACCCAAACCUUGACGGUGAAGUAGUUACUCGCCGAAACGCACACAUGAAGACAAUGUUACUAUUCCGUGCAACAUUUGACAUCAAGGUAAAUCGUAGGCUUAAUGUAACCCUUGAACAACGGAAUUAAUU